UCCGUUAAAAUGGCGCCCUUCUUGCCGGCGCUGCCCGCGGGGCCUUAGCCGGUGGGGGAGCCGGGAGCCCGCGGGGCCGGCGCGGGCAGCCCCGGGCGAGGAUGGCGACCCCGGACCAGAAGUCGCCCAACGUCCUGCUGCAGAGCCUGUGCUGCCGGAUCCUGGGCAGGAGCGAAGCCGAUGUGGCCCAGCAGUUCCAGUAUGCCGUGCGCGUCAUUGGCAGCAACUUUGCCCCAACUGUUGAAAGAGAUGAAUUUCUAGUAGCUGAGAAAAUCAAGAAGGAACUGACCCGGCAGAGACGAGAGGCGGACGCGGCGCUGUUCUCAGAGCUCCACAGGAAGCUGCACUCGCAGGGAGUUUUGAAAAAUAAAUGGUCGAUUCUCUACCUCUUGCUAAGCCUCAGUGAAGAUCCGCGCAGGCAGCCUGGCAAGGUCUCCAGCUAUGCCACGCUGUUCGCUCAGGCGUUACCACGCGAUGCCCACUCCACGCCCUACUACUACACCCGGCCUCAGACCCUGCCGCUGAACUACCAGGAGCGCAGCGCCCCGUCGGCCCAGAGCUCAGGCAGCCUGGGGAGCAGCGGCAUCAGCAGCAUCGGUGUGCACACCCUCAACGGCCCGACCCCGCCGCCCCCGUCCCUGCUGCCGGGACAGUCUCACCUGGGCCCAGGGACGGGCGACUGUCUCCGGCAGCAGCUGGGUGCCCGUCUGGCAUGGACAUUGACUGCAAGCCAGCCUUCCUUACAAACCACUACCUCCAAAGGCGUCCCCAGCGCGACUUCCCGCAGCGUGACUCGGCCACGGAGAGACGGGGAUGCAGGCGGUGCUGUGGAGGUCACCGAGGCGGCCCUCGUCAGAGACAUCCUGUACGUCUUCCAGGGCAUAGACGGCAGGAACAUCAAGAUGAGUGGCGCUGACAACUGUUACAAAGUGGAGGGGAAGGCAAACCUGAACAGAUCCUUGCGGGAUACGGCUAUGAGGCUGGCCGAGCUGGGGUGGCUGCACAACAAGAUCAGAAAGUACACGGACCAGAGGAGCCUGGACCGCUCGCUUGGGCUUGUCGGCCAGAGCUUCUGCGCGGCCUUGCACCAGGAGCUCAAGGAGUACUACCGGCUACUCUCCGUCCUGCACUCCCAGCUGCAGCUGGAGGACGAUCAGGGUGUGAAUUUGGGCUUCGAGAGCAGCUUGACGCUCCGGCGCCUCCUGGUGUGGACCUAUGACCCCAAGAUAAGACUGAAGACCCUGGCGGCCCUGGUGGACCACUGCCAAGGAAGGAAGGGAGGCGAGCUGGCCUCGGCCGUCCACGCCUACACCAAGACAGGGGACCCGUCCAUGCGGUCCCUGGUGCAGCACAUCCUCAGCCUGGUGUCACACCCCGUCCUGAGCUUCCUGUACCGCUGGAUCUACGACGGUGAGCUGGAGGACGCGCACCACGAGUUCUUCGUGGCGUCGGAUCCGACCGUGAAGACGGACCGGCUGUGGCAUGACAAGUACACGCUGCGCACGUCCAUGAUCCCGUCCUUCAUGACGAUGGACCAGUGCCGGAAGGUCCUUCUGAUAGGAAAGUCAAUAAACUUCCUGCACCAGGUGUGCCACGACCAGACGCCCCCCGCGAAGGCGAUCGCCGUGGCCAGGUCUGCGGAGCCCCUGCAGGACGCUGCAGAUUUAUUCACAGAUUUGGAAAAUGCGUUUCAGGGGAAAAUUGAUGCAGCUUAUUUUGAGACCAGCAAGUACCUCCUGGACGUCCUGAACAGGAAGUACAGCCUGCUGGACCACAUGCAGGCCGUGCGCCGGUACCUGCUGCUCGGCCAGGGGGACUUCAUCCGGCACCUGAUGGACCUGCUCAAACCAGAGCUUGCCCGUCCAGCUACGACUCUGUACCAGCACAACUUGACUGGAAUUCUGGAGACCGCCGUCAGAGCCACCAAUGCCCAGUUUGACAGCCCGGAGAUCCUCAGGCGACUGGACGUGAGGCUGCUGGAGGUCUCUCCGGGGGACACCGGCUGGGAUGUGUUCAGCCUGGACUACCACGUGGACGGCCCCAUCGCCACUGUGUUCACUCGAGAGUGCAUGAACCACUACCUGCGCGUGUUCAACUUCCUGUGGAGGGCCAAGCGGAUGGAGUACAUCCUCACAGACAUCCGGAAGGGCCACAUGUGCAACGCCAAGCUCCUGAGAAGCCUGCCAGAGUUCUCCGGGGUGCUGCACCACUGCCACGUCCUGGCCUCCGAGAUGGUUCACUUCAUCCACCAGACGCAGUAUUACAUCACCUUUGAGGUGCUCGAGUGCUCCUGGGACGAGCUGUGGAACCAGGUGCAGCAGGCGCAGGACCUAGACCACAUCAUCGCUGCACACGAGGCCUUCCUGGGCACCGUCAUCUCCCGCUGCCUGCUGGACGCCGACUCCAGGGCCCUUCUCAACCAGCUGAGAGCCGUCUUCGACCAGAUCAUUGAGCUUCAGAGCACGCAGGAUGCCAUCUGCAGGGCCGCCCUGGAGGAACUGCAGAGACGCCUGCAGUUUGAGGACAAGAAGCAGCAGCGGGAAGCUGAGGGCCAGUGGGGCGUGACAGCAGCGGAGGAGGAGCAGGAGGGCCAGAGGGUCCGGGAGUUCCGGGAGUCCAUCCCGAAGAUGUGCUCCCAGCUGCGCAUCCUGACCCAUUUUUACCAGGGUGUGGUGCAGCAGUUCCUGGUGCUGCUGACGACCAGCCCCGACGAGAGCCUGCGCUUCCUGAGCUUCAGGCUGGACUUCAACGAGCACUACCGGGCGCGGGAGCCGCGGCUGCGUGUGUCCCUGGGCGCCCGCGGCCGGCGCAGCUCCCACACCUGAGGCCCAGCGCGGGGGGCCGCCAUGGAAACGUUGCCGGGGCCUCCGGGACGGCCGGCUCGGCCAGAGGCAGGGCGUGCUUCUAGACAGCGGAGCUGACCGUGUUUGUGACGUCACUAAGUUAAACAGGCUGGCUUGCACUAUCCGAAUUUAUUUUUUAAAGUCUUCAUAUGUAAAGAUACCAUACUUAGAGGCUUCUUAAGCCCUCCACAAUAUAAUUUAUAUUUGUCACUUUUUAAAAUUUAAGAUCACACUUUCUUUUAGAGAAAAUUAAGGCGAUGGAUAUUCAUCAGUUAAGAUGGUAAUGUCAUUGCUAUUUUUUUAACAUCCUCUUUAGAGGCAAUUCUUGUUAAUAUAACCAAAUUAAAUUGAAGUUUAAUGUCCCUACCAAGGAAACAGAGAGAGCAUUUUAUUUUGGUUUUUAGUGUUGUAAAAUAUUAACCUAAGGGCCUUUCUAUCAGCGUGUUCACACGUUUGUCCUUUUUUUCUCUUCUUUCAAAGUGGACAUUUCUGUAUCUCAUUUACUCUCAGACACCUUGGGAAACAGUGCAGAAAAGGGCAGAGUCCUGACGCCUCAGUUCUCUGGGCAUCAGCUGAAGCUCCGUGUGAAUGUGGAUGCCUGAAAAGCUAACGAAGUGCUCUAUUCUCAGGAUUCUGAUAAGCAUCGGAAAGAAAUUGUCUUGAAUAAUGAGGAUUCCCUUUUCCUUGCCUAUUUUUUCAUUGUAAAUAUUUAUAUACUGUGCCCAGAUGUUGGGGGGACAUUUUUUGUAAAAAUGUCGUAUCAGGCCACAUAAAUCUGCCUUUAUUAUGCUGCGUAAGUGAAAACUCA